GGUGGCGGCUGGGCCUGACACAAGUUGGGGAAUGUAUUUGCAAAGCAUGCCCGCGCAGAAUUUUGGUGUGUCAUUCUCCACCUCACGGCCCACCACUGAUGGAAUCGCGCCGGCGAACAUCACCAUUCUGCCGAUCAUUGUGAGCUUCCCAACCACCAAGGCAAUCCGUGUGACUGCGCCGGCGGGCUACGAGUGGGACUUCGAGCAGGUCGAUUUCAGGUAUCAAGCUCCAGGUGUGGGAGUGAACCCCUUGAACGUCGUGGAGGGCGCCGAGGCUGACAUUCCCAUCAGCGGCAAGCCGGCUCGGCCGAACUCGGAGCCGAAGAACGUCUUGACCAUGGACUACAUGCAGCUGCCAUGGCAGCCCGGCUUGAUCUAUGGCUUUGCCUGUAAGAUUCGCAUCCCCAUGGUGCCUCCCACUGGCUCGGCAAACUUCUUCACUAUCGAGUUUGGAUACAACGAGGAUAUGGAAGAGAACCGCUUGGAAGCCGGCACCGCCGCGGCGCCCACCGUGCAGCGCUUGAUCAACGGCGCCAUUACCUACACCACCAGCAUUAUCGCCCUGGCGGUGGAUAUUACCUUCAGCGUCCGGACCAUCACGAACAUCCCAGAGGGUGGCGGCCUGGUGAUCAUUGGGCCUCCGAACUUCCUCUUCAACACCUACUGCCAGCCGAAGCCCGCGACCGACUAUCCGGAGCUGCCCUACGAUUCUACUUGCCUCUACAUGCCCAUCACAGCCACUGGAGAGCCCAAGAUCGAGAUCGUUGCGGGUCCCAAUGGCAUCCCCGCCCAGCGUUACCAGUUCUCCCUUGCAGCCCAAAACCCACCGCAGGUGGUCUCCCUUGCAGAAGCUGGGAUUUGGACCUUCCUCUCCUACAGCCUGAUCUCGGAAGCCAUCGUCUUGGACCAGAACACCACGGUGCCCAGCUACGCAGUGGCACGGUCCAUGGUGUCGGCGGGCUUGGUGAUGUGGCCCAAAAAGGAGUGUGACUUCAUCACCCUGGAGGCACGUUCCAUCGACGACACCUUGCCCGAGACCUUCUGCGACUUCGAGCAUUGGCAGUUCUACCCACCAAGGGGCUAUCGUGAUGACCGUCCGAAUCGUCCAACUCAGCUGAUCUUCAAGAUGCAGCUGAACGCCAAUGUGGAAACCACCGGGGUUCUCACUGUGCGAGCCCCCGUGGGCUAUGUCUUUGAUGCCGAGUGUCGCGUGGUCACGUAUCCCUCGUCUCGGAUCUUCAACGACUCUGCGUUGGAUGGAACGCUCCCAUCUGUGCCGGCCAAUGUGCCCCUGGAUCCGGCCCUUCCGCAUACAAUCGGCCCGCCGGAGCAGCGAACCUAUGCCCAGCGGUACAAUCCUUGGCCGGCUGGUGUGGGGACGCUGAGCUGCCUUGGACGAGACAACGAGGCGCAGAUCACCUUUGAAGCAGGCCUUCAGCUUUUCCAGAGCUACCUGUUCCGCUUGGCUGUGCUGCGGAACCCUCCAGUGACACCGGAGUACAACUACUUCCUGCUGGAGUACAAUGGUGAGGCUUCGCUGCCCUUCCCUGGUGUGAACAUUUGGGCCUUUGGCGACACCUCCAUUUUGCCCACCACCACGGCAGCCUCGCGCGCGGACUAUCAGACCCUCAACGAGGUGACCAUCAUGUUGAGACCGGUGAAUUCGGUCCCCUUUGGCGGGCACUUGAGGAUCACCGCCCCGAGUGGCUUCACCGUCCCGACGGCCUGCAAAAUGACGCUGAAAGUGCAUGAGACGGACAUGCCCAACAUCUCAGCAUACCCGGCGGGCACUCCACGUUUCCAAGUCUUGCAGUGGGCGGAGUUCUUGGACAGCGACCUCACCUGUGAGGGUGAUCAGACGCCCUCGAGCCGUGGGAGGUUGCAGCUGUUGCGAAAUAGCAAGUACAUGCAAGGGCAGACCCUCUACGUGAUGACGCUGCUGGUGGUGAACCCACAGACCACCUCUGCCGUGCCCGAAGACUGGCAUGUGCAGUCCUAUUCAGAUUUGACUGUGAACAACAUUAUUGAUGAGAGCUACAUCCCGGGGUUCGUGGUAAACACCGCCGUGCAGUCCUUCGCCUAUUUGAAGCCGGAAUCGACCAACGCCUUGGUGAAGCAGAGGCUGGACUUUAACCUGUCCUUCCCAGACACCGUGGCCAUUGGAGAUCGGAUCCAAAUCGUCGCGCCGGUGUCCUACUUGUUCAGCGAUCCCGGCGAUCGCCGCUGUCCUCAGUACGUCUUCUUGGACGGUGCGAUGCGGAAGACCAUCCCCACUUGCAGUGCCAACAUCAUCAGUUGGCAUUUGAUGGAUGAGUCCAUCCCUGCGAUGAGCUCUGUGCGCUUCAUGGUGCAAGUGCAGAAUCCGCCGAUGACGCCCAGCAGUAACCUCUUCCAACUGCGGCAGAUUGACGCGAAUGGGACUCGAAAGUCCUCCCGGAUGUUGGAAGGCUACGAGAUUGUCCCCGAGCUGGACAGCCCCGUGAUCACACAGGCGCCCUCCGUCUUGCCCUGCCGCAUUGAUGUGAACUUAGUCACCGGUUUGGCCUGUGAAGGCACUGGCUCCUUCGCAACGGCCAUCAUCACUUUCACAGCUACACGCAGUGGCCAGCUGGUGUCUUUGCAAGCGAAGGUGGGCGAUGAAUCCUAUGACUUCACCAACGCACGCUUCGGGGAUGGCGUCGAUGGUCCCAUGGUGAUCUUCGGCCGCUCCAGAACCAUGGUGGUGAUCGAGAUGGAGGUGCAAAGCGGUUUCCAGUCGCAGAUCACGAUCCACAACAUGCAAAACCCCAUGACGCCGGGUCCUUCUACUUGGGCAGUGACCACCUACCUCAAGGGCCCUGUGCCGGGUGCUGUGGUGACCACAACAUUGAUGCCCUUGGUCACGUGCACUUCCAUCGGCGGUGCCUGCGGCAUGUUCCCCUCCCCAGAGGCCCGACGCGACGAGGGGUUAAACCUGCUGGGUCCGGACGUGCUGGGCUACAUCCGUGUGAUGCAGAAUUCCUUCAUCGAACCCAUCUACUACGGCGUGCCAAAUGCCUUGGUGACCUUCGAGCUGAGAGGGGAAACCUCUGCUGAUGUGAAUGAUGUCCUGGUGGUUCGCCGUCCCCCAGGCUAUACCUUGACAGAUGGCACCUUGAGAGCUCUAAGAUCGGUGAGCUUCGGGGAGAAUGGUCCAGACUUUCUGCGGAAGUGGAGCUCAGACUUCGCCAACCCAGAGGACUACUUUGCCGUGCUCACACAGCCUGUUCCCGCGCUCACGACGAUCCGCUUCCAGCUGGGCGUGGCAUCGCCGUCGCUGGCCGAGAAGGUGAUGAAUUGGUACUUCAAAACCUACCGUGUUCUGCCACUCUUGGACGAGGAUGGCGUCGUCGUGGAUGCUACGAUGCCAGCCUACCCCUGGAUCGGGCGAGCCAUUGCUGCCACGGGCACUAGUGACGGAGCCUUUACCGGUUUCUUGCUGGUGGGGCAAGUGCCCUUCACCGUGGUUCCAUCCUUGCAGACUCCUGGGGCAGAGAUCAAGCUCACGAUCAACUUCGGCGUCGCUGAUGGGGUUGAAGCGCAGGAAAGCGUGCGCAUGGAGGUCUUAGCACCCGAGGGCUUCGUCUUUGCGGACUCCUGCCGCUAUGGUGGUAGCCCCAUAUUCUCGAAGUGCACAGGCUUUCAGAACCAGGCGACCUUGGUGACAGCCAGACCUAGGCUAAGAGGCUCCGACAUCACGGUGGACUUAAGGGUGCGCAACCCGGGUUUGACACCGACCCCCAACUACUUCUACGUCUCCCUCUUCCAAGAUGAAGAGACUCAGUACGUGCGCUGGUCACAGUACCUGAGCUACGAGAUCAUGGGCAUGGGAGUCGUCUACAAAGGCAACAAUCAGCUGGGAGAGCCUGCGAGCGGCUACUUCACCUUCACUCCAGUGCGGCCCUCGCCUGCAGCUGUGGUGUACAUCGUGGUCACACCGCCACCAGACGCUGGCUUCCGGGUGUUAUGUACAGGAAUCAGUCCAUUGGGCUUCAUUUUCAUGCCGAACUGCGAGUCGGGCGCGGUGAACGAGCCGCUGAGCUUGCGCUUCAGCAAUGCCAGCCUGGAAGCAGGGAAGGCCUACACGGUGGGCGUGCGUGUCUUGAACCCCGGUGGCCGACCACCAGAUGCCACCAACUACUGGGGCAUCUCCUUGCAGGACCAUACUAGAGCUACCUUUGAUGCGAAUCUACGCAUUCCGGGGUUGGUGCUCAAAUCCAUUCCCAUUCGCUGCAAUGGCUUGGGCUGGACCAACUCCGACCCCCGAGUGCUGACGAUCGUCUUGAUCCAGCUGCGGGUUUUGCACGAGAUCCCCUCCAGGACUUUGCAAAGGUUCGUGGUCAGAGCGCCUGAGGGCAUCAUGUUCAAUGAAGAUCCCGCUAAGGUCUCGGUGCUACCCAAAGCUUUGCCUUUGCGCUUGGCCAUCCCCACGCAAGUGGCUGGGGAUUUGCUGUCUUUGUUCUUGGAUGAGCAGUCGCUGGUGGAGAUCGGCACCUACAACAUCCGCUUCGAAGUCAGCAAUCCCACUGUCUACCCGCACGACAACACCUGGUCCAUCUUCGCCAUGAAGGACAUCACGGUGGAGUUUGUGCAUGUCUUGACAGGCUACUACGAGGGCCAGGCCUCGCCCUUUGACAUCAAUGUGGCAACACAGGCUCAGACCAGCGCAGCCGGAACCCCGUUCCGCUUGCAGCUCUUGCUGACCGUCGUGGUCGUCAUGGCGAUAUUCCGGAUGUGAGAUGUUCAGGUGGACUCCAAAGAAAAGCAC